AUGAGUUGUGUACCACGUGUAUGCAAGAGGGCGCAGAGCACGAUCGCCAGUGCCCUGGCAAACAUCAAGAGCUCAAAGCAGUUGAUUUCGCCUAGUGCGGUGCCGUACAUCCGGUCAGAGGCCCCAGUGACUUUCACAGAUAACGAGUCCAAGCGCCAGCGUCGCCGGUUGCUCGAAAGACCGGGUCUCAUCGGCAUCAAAAGGGGCAUGACGUGUUUCUUUGACAACCAGGGUAACCGUCUCCCUGCCACAGUGCUGGAAAUCAUGCAGAACGAGGUCGUGUUCACCAGAACUGUCGAGAAGGAAGGUGUCAACGCCGUACAGGUCGGUGCCGGCUACCAGAAGCCCCAGAACGUGACGAAACCUAUGCUCGGACACUUCAGAAACGCCAAGGUCUCACCCAAGGAGUAUCUCGCCGACUUCCAGGUCAUGUACAAGGACAACCUACCUCCGCUCGGCCAGGAGUUGAAGGCCGACCACUUCAAAACAGGGCAGUUUGUCGACGUCAUCUCCGUGACAAAGGGUAAAGGUUUCGCCGGUGUGAUGAAGAAGUGGAACUUCAAGGGUGGUAACGCCUCCCAUGGUGCCUCGUUGUCUCACAGAUCCGCCGGUUCCACCGGUCAGAACACCACCCCUGCUAGAGUUCUCCCAGGAAAGAAGAUGGCAGGUAGAAUGGGUGACGAGAGAAACACCAUCUUCAACCUCGAGGUGCUCGAUACCAGCGCCGAGAAGGGCUACAUCCUCGUCAAGGGCUGCGUCAGCGGCAGCAAGGGCAGCUUCGUCGAAAUCAGAGACGCCCUCAAGAAGCACGGCAAGCAUCUCAUAAACGAGUCCAAGUACUGA